GAAACAGCGUGUAAACUGCAGGGCCGCUGUUUGAUUCUCUGCAGCUUCCGCUGGGCUCCGUUUGGUUCCAGUCAGAAACACUUUGAUUCUCUGGAGGCUGAAAAUGUCUCAGAGGACCUACUUCCAGCUGUGGGCAGAUGUUCAGGUGGAGCUGAGGCGUCUGCUGGAUGAGGAGCUUCCUGCUGAACCUCUGCGUCCAGAGAAGGACCGAGUGGUGUUCUUCCAGCGUCUGGCCACGUUCUACGUACGGUAUAUCCAAACCCUGCGGCAGCUGGAGGAGGCCUACGACCUGAUGGUUCAUCCUCAGAAGAGGCGACUCGUCCGGCAGAUUCUGGACAGUGUGAUGGGACGAGUGCUGGAGCUGAAGAAUGAAAUGGUGGAGAAGGAAUUCUCAGAGUAUCACUACAUGGACGAUGUUCUUCACGACCUGAAGCUCACUCCGGCCGAGCUGGAGAUCCCCAUCCCUCGAUAUUUCCUCAGGGAACGCAGCAAAGAAGUCCAAGAACGGAAGGCGAUGGUGGCAGAUCUCCUAAAAAUGGUGGAAAUGAAUGAAAGUCCUGAGCCUCAAGCGGUCAAACACAUGAGUCCAGAGGAGGCGGUUCGGCUCGUCCAGCUGGCUGAAAGAGCUCGACAGGGAUGCCUGAGGGCCAAGCUGAACGUGGAAUGUAGAAACAUGAACCGGAUGUACAGGACUAAAGACUCUGGAGCAGCUGAUAUGGAGCUGGCAGCGACCUGCAUCCAGAAGGUGUGGAGGAGCUUCGUGUCAAGGAGGAGGACAAAGGCUGAACGACAGGAGGAGAUGUUUUUUCUAGGAAUGAUAAUGGAUCCAAAACACCAGCUGCCGUCCCCUGCAGAAACCACUGCCCAGGCCAAUGAAGCCUGCACACGAGUGAAACAGGAAGAGCACGAGGAAGCUUACCAAAAGUCCAUAGAGGUGGUUACAAACCAGCUACGAGAUAUGGAGGGCCACGACAUGAGCAAAACCAUGAAAGAGCAAAUUCGGCAGUGGUUCAUUGAAUGCCGUAAUGCUACAGGAGUGUUUCCAGACUACCCAGAUGAGGAGGACGGAGGCUCCGCCCUCAUUUUUGCUCAAAAGAACCCUCAGCAGUUAAUGGAAGAACUUGCUGAAAAAGAAGUAGCAGCAAACAACAAACCAAAAGGGAAAGAGGAAAAGAAGGAAAAAGGGAAGAAGGACGAAGCCAAGGAUGAUAAGGAAGAGGAGGCGGCCGGGUUGAAGAUGAUGCCCUCGGCUUUUCUGUCAGAUUUGGAAGAAGGACACAAAACAUUUGUUGAUUUUUGGCAAACCCGUGACGAGUCUGAAAACUUCAUCCAGAGGCACGAGGUGGAGCUGAUCAAGGAAGAGAAGAGGAAAGUGGUUGAAGAAGAGAUUCAGAAGCAGGUGGAUGAACAGAUGAGACAAGAGCUGGCUGAGUGGAAGCUGUCUGUGGAUAAAGACAAGGGUGGCAAAGCAAAAGCAAAUGCAAAGAAGAAGAAAGCAUCUAAGAGUGGGAAGAAGAAGAAAAAGGAAAAGGACCUGACGGCUGAUCGGACGCUGGAGUCUCUGUGCCAGGAGCUGGUGGAACAAGGUUUACUGAAGCAGGCCGACCGUGUUCGACUGCAGGACUACCUGGGUGACUACAGCUAUCUUGGAACCACACUGAGGCAAAACGACAUCGAGCCAAUGCCGUCAUUAUCAGAUGUGCGACAAGUCCUGUCUCUGUACGCAGUUCUGCCGUUAGGCUCUCAGUCGGUGCAUGAGAAGGCUCCUCUGGUGAAGGCCAUGCUGCUGGUCGGACCUUCAGGUGUCGGGAAGAAGAUGCUGGUUCAUGCAGUUUGUCAGGAGACGGGAUCCACCAUGUUUGAUCUGUCGCCUCUGAACACAGCAGGGAAGUAUCCAGGAAAGAGCGGCUUGGCCAUGAUGCUCCACCUGGUGUUCAAGGUCGCGAGGCUGCUGCAGCCUUCAGUAAUAUGGGUCGAAGACGCAGAGAAAAUGUUCUACAAGAAAGUUCCCAAGGAAGAAAAAGAGUUGGAUCCAAAGCGGCUGAAGAAAGAUCUGCUGAAGUCUCUGAAGCUGAUCAAAGGAGAGGAUCGUGUUCUGUUGAUAGGAACAACUAAAGACCCGCUCAGCGCUGACAUUAAGUCACUGUGUAAAAUGUACAGCAAGAUCAUCCUCAUCCCGAGACCGGACUACGGCUCCAGAUACAUCCUGUGGAAGCGCCUGAUCCAGAAGCAGGGCGGCGAGGUGACCGAAGCCCUGGACCUCAGCUCUCUGGCCAAGAUCACCGACGGCUACACCCCAGGUCACAUGGUCCAGGCCAUCCAGAGCGUCCUCACCAAGCGUCGCAUCCUGAUGCAAACCAGCCGGCCGCUGACGGCUGUCGAGUUCGUUCCUCCGUUGGCCAAGAUCGACCCGGUGUUCCAGGAAGAGGAAGAAGCCCUGAAGAACUGGUACGCUAAGACUCCUCUGGGGAAGAAGAGGAUUAAAGCUGCAACAGGAAAAGAAGAAGAAGAAGCAGGAAAAGGAAAAAAUACAAAGAAGAAGAAGAAGAAGAAAUAAACUGUUUAAUCUGAAUGGUUUGACU